GAGCGUUCCAAAAUGCGUAGCGUAAGCUUAACUACAAGCUCAAUCUAUUAUUAGUGCCCCCCCUACGAAGUGCUACGAAGCACCAACGACACAUCGAAUCGAACCUUGCAGUUGGUUGUCAAAGCCAGCAGCCGACAGGCGCUACUCCCAAUGUGUCGCUCGCCGACGAACCGACACGGUGGCUGACAAAAGGGUGCCCGCGGUGCCCCAAGCCGCUGUUUGCUCGUCGGCAACGGGCGCGAGGGACCACAAUGCCGCACUUCCUCUGUUCAUGCGGGGAUCCCAAGACAUGACUCUUCGUUUUCCUUUGGCUUCAAACGAGAUCCGGGUUCCAGAACAAAAAAAUCGCGGCAGAGGCAGCGCAGAGGUAGCCAGCCGGUCGCCAUGGCUCGCCCCCGCGUCCCUACCGUGUACGCCUUCAGCCAACUCUUCCUCCGAGCCACCUGCGUUGCGCUGAGCCUCGCCACGUUUGUCACCGCACUGUACGCGACGACACGGUACGGCUACGGCAAGGCCGUGUCGGGGGCGUUUGUCGCGUCCCUGUUAGCCCUCCCCAUUGAUGUCGUCGAAGUUGUCGCCCUCGCCGAUGCCCGGCGACACGUCGCCCGCUGCUCCGAAGGCGCCCUCUGCGGCCUCGACUUCUUGACCGCCGUCAUCUGCGCCGUCGUGCCGACGCUGGUGUGGCUGUCGUCGGUGGGCUUCGUCGAGCACCACUGCGACUCGGACAGGUCCCAGAAGGAAUGCGACCGCGAGGAGAGAAACCGGCGGGAGGCGUCCGACUUUGUGCUCGCGGCGUGGAUGAUGCCCAUGGCUGUGGCGGCGCUUCACAUUGCGCUAUGUGUCUUUUCGUGCGUCGACUGCGGCCGACGGAGGAGGACGAGGAGGAGGGCGCAGGCGCAGGCGGAGUCGCAAUGAUAUCGCGUCUUUGCUUUACAGGACACGAGGCAGCAGCCACCUCUCCACGACCACCCGGGCAGUUGGGUCUGCUGGUCUUUUCUCGAGGCUGGCUACAACUGAAGAAAAUGAUACAUGGGGACGUUCCCAGCCCAUC